AAACAAACGUGCUUACAUUGUGGUGACGGCGAGUUAUUGCGGGGUUACACUAGUACAGUUCCACAUUACUGCCAGUGUGUGUCGCGUGCUGACUGCAAUGAGCGGCGAGAGCAAGCAGCCGCUGUUCCGGCCGCUCGGCGGCGAGCCGGACGAGGAGCCCGAGGUCACGGAGAUCGAGUCGCUCUGCAUGAACUGCCACGAAGACGGCAUCACCCGUCUCCUGCUGACCCGCAUCCCGUACUACAAGAACGUGGUGGUGAUGUCGUUCAGCUGCGAGCACUGCGGGUACCAGAACAACGAGCUGCAGCCGGGCGGGUCGGUGGCGGAGCGCGGCGUGCGCUGGGCGCUGCGGGUCGAGGGGGCGGAGGACCUCAACCGGCAGGUCGUCAAGAGCGACUACACCAGCGUGCGCAUCCCCAGCCUCGACUUCGAGAUACCCGCGCAGAGCCAGAAGGGAGAGGUGACGACAGUGGAAGGCAUCGUCUCCCGCGCGGUGGCCGGGCUGACCCAGGACCAGGCGGCGCGGCGCCUGCAGCACCCGGAGGACGCGCGCGCUAUAGACGAGUAUGUGGCCAAGCUGGAGGCGCUGUGUCAGCCGGGAGCUGAACCCUGGACGCUGGAGCUCGAUGAUGUCAGCGGUAACUGUUUCCUGGAGAACCCGGUGGCGCCGCGGCCGGACCCGCGCGCCUCGCGCACCGAAUACACGCGCAGUCGCGACCAGGACCACGCGCUCGGCAUCUACUCCAGCGACGAGAAAGCAGACGACGCCGAGUGUCCCCGCAUAGAGAACCUCUCCCUCUCCGAAGGCUCGGACCCCAACGUGACGACUCCCUCCGUGUCGUCGGACGAGCACCUGCUGACCCCGCUGGACCCGGACGCGAUGCCGUACGAGCGGCUGGCGGCGGACGAGGUGCUGAGCUUCCCCACCAACUGCCCCGACUGCGACGCGCCCGCAGACACCAAGAUGAAGGUCACCAACAUCCCGCACUUCAAGGAGGUGGUGAUCAUGAGCACCACCUGCGACUACUGCGGACACCGGACCAACGAGGUGAAGUCAGGCGGCGGUAUCGAGGAGAAGGGCGUGCGGUUCGAGGUCCGGGUCGCGAACAAGGAGGACUUCUCGCGUGAUAUACUCAAGUCGGAGACGUGCAGCAUGGAGAUCCCGGAGCUGGAUCUGUCGGUGGGCGGGCGCGCGCUGGGCGGCCGCUUCACCACCGCCGAGGGACUGCUGGCCGCCACGCGAGCCCAGCUCGCCGACACGCCCGGCGCGCUCGGCGACGCGCCCGGCGUGUCCAUAGCGCUGCGCCCCGUGCUGGACGCGCUGCGCGAGGCCGCGGCGGGCCGGCGGCCCCUCACCAUCGUGCUGGACGACCCCGCCGGCAACUCGUACGUGCAGAGCCUGCACCACGACCCCAACCUGCCGGAUGAAGGUCUGAAGAUCACGCGCUACGAGCGCAGCUUCGAGCAGAACGAGGAGCUUGGACUGAACGACAUCAACACGGACAACUACGGGCCCGACACACCCAGCUAGCCGAGCCGCGCUACUACAACAUCAACACGGAGAACUACGGGCCCGACACACCCAGCUAGCCGAGCCGCGCUACUACAACAACAUCAACACG